AUGCUCUCGGCAGACGCCAAGCUCGCGCAAAGUGCCGGAAAGUUGUCCUCCCUCAUGUGGGCCCAUUGGUCCGGGCAGUCGGAGGCGGGCCUGGGUGACCUGAAAUCUCCCCUUGCGCAAGUGGUGUUGAAGUUGACCUCCAAGGGAAGCAGUUUAAGCAACGCCGACCUGGAGGGACUCCAGCUCCUCCGCGCGGUCAGAGAUGAGCUCAGCGACGGAGCCGAGGCGCCGGGCGUCCAGCUCCUGUGGCCGGAUACCUCCCAAAUUUGGCUUGGAUGCUGGUUGCCCACAAUGCCGAAGUACUUGUCUCCCAGCACGAGCACGUACCUUCACUGUGCCAAGGGGCUUCUGAGCCGCAUGACUUGGGGAGCGGGGCAGGACAAUGGCACUGCCAUGCCAUCGACAUCUGUGGGCACGGCGCCUGGUGCGGCUGCUGAUGAGGAGGAGCAGCAGAAGCCGAGCAAGGCUGCAGAGGAGCUCCUACAGGCACUCAGGCUCAUCGGCGCAGACAAAGGAGCGGUGGCCAGCGCGCAGCUGCUCGCCCUCCGUCUGACGGCUGAGGGCAAGGUGGGCCUCAGCCCGGCAAACGUGAUUGCCUUGAACUUGUUCUUGUCCGACUCUUCCUUCCACAGCGAAGUUAGCGCUGCUCUGGUGUCGCAGUUCUCACAGCAGCCGCUGCCGGCGGUACGUGAACGCGCUGCAGACAUCUACGCGGCUCAUGCCCAGCUGUCUGCCGCUAUCCAGGCACUGCCUGCGCGGAAGGUCGUUUGCUUCCGCGCCAUCCGCUUCACCGGCGGAAUGCGAGACUUCUUGCGCGGUCAUCGUCUCGGCAUGGACUGCUAUCGACCUGGAAGUAUCGUCAUGUGGAGGCACGCCGCCUCCUGUACACAGGACCCAGCGCUGGCCGAAGAGCUCGCCCUCCAUGGCGAGCCAGCGGCAGCUUGCGGGCUGGUUUUCAAAAUCCGCCGCGCAGCAAGUGCUCGUCCAGUCGCAGAUUUCUCAGCCACCCCGGAGCACCAGGAGGUGCUCUUCGCUGCGGGCACCAUCUUCCGAGUAGUUGGCUUCUACCCGUGCAGCCAGCAGAGCUUGAGGCAAGAGGCAGGUUCAGCCUCUCCUAAUCUCCAUGGCUACGGCUAUGCUGACAGAAAGUACCAGGAAAGGCACGGCCUCGGAUGCUGGGCCCUGGGCUGCGGAGCUCGGCAGGUGCUGUUUGUGCGCGUGCGCGUGCGCGACACUGCCUUUCCAUGGCUUUGUUCCGCUGCACCUGCGAGGCAAGUGGCCAAAAAGCAUGAGGCCAAAGUUCUAAUGUUUGAGGGAGAAUCGGAAGAGAGCGGUGAAAGCGAUGAGGAGGGCGCUGAGGAGGGCGAGGGCGAGGAAGCGGAUCCUGACCCGGAGCCGCUGGAAGACUUGGAUGGGGCUUUCGCUGACGCACGGGAUUGCUGGAAGAUCGAUGCGGAGACCUUGAAAGGCUUCUACCUUCACAGCCCCACCGGCCAGCUCUUCAGCUGGGAUCAGGCUCGGGGCGUGCUAUACGAGUACAUUCGCCAGUCUGGUGAGUGCAAGCCCAUUUGGGCUGCUGGUGCUCCGCACCUGAGCGCCGAAAUUUGGACCGUCUUACCACUGCCGCCCACGGACCCCGCAAGCCUUCAGAAUGCCACCACCGAGCAGUCCAGCAACGUCCUUUGCAUCCUGCACCUGUCUAGAGCCCGCGCGGCUGUACGGGCACAAGCGGCGUCGGAAGACUUUUGCCAACGCCUGCGGUUGGGGAACUGCGCCCUGGAGGCCCUCUUGUCCUUGCCCCCAGCGGGCCAGGCCUACGUUCUCAAGACCUUCUGUGCCCCAAGGAGCGAUCCGGCAGGGGCCCUGUGUCGACAAGUCGAGGUGCUCCGCCGCCUCGGGAGCCAGGCCCCCUACGCCUCCGCGCUAGAGCACGCGACCAUCCGGGUGCCAACCAGUGGCGCCAUUCUUGGCCGCUGUGUGCCAGAGGUGGCGGCACUCUGCUGGCAUGACACAGACCCAGUAGCUGCGGCUCAUUGUCGCAUCUCUUGCGUCGGUGGUCAGUUCUCGGUGUGCGACCUUGGUGCGGAUGAGGAGGGCACCCUCUUUGAUGGCCGCCGCCUGGGCACGGCCUGGUGCCCGCUGGAGGAUGGAUGCAAGCUCGACAUGGGCCCCAUCCGCGUUCGGGUGGAGCUGAAGCCGGUGAAUGCAGCCCCAAACCAGGUCACCAAAACGAGCAGCGCGGCCAAGCGCGGAUCCUGGAGAUCUGCCAAGCGAAAGGCAGCCGACUCCACAGACGAGCCUGCACAGCCCAAGCGCCCCAGACCGGACCUGAAGAAGGUAACUGCUCCUCUCCUUCGAGAGCCUUCCCCAGAGCUGCAGCCAGCAGGCCUGGAAUCCGCAUCACAGCAGCA